GCCUUUAUAUGCAACUAUAAGGAGCACUGGUUUACGGUGCGUAAGCUGGGACAGCAGUGGUUUAAUCUGAACUCGCUGUUGACCGGACCGGAGCUCAUAUCGGACACAUACCUGGCCCUUUUCCUAGCGCAGCUGCAGCAAGAAGGUUAUUCCAUAUUUGUGAUCCGGGGAAACCUGCCGGAUUGUGAAGCGGAUCAGAUUUUGCGGAUCAUGCGAGUGGAGCAGCAGCAGCGGCCGAAGCUGAUUGGUGAAGACGAGGCCCAGAGGCUGACGGUGCCGCAGGUGUCAGACACCACACACACCACCGGGGAAGAAGCGCCGCUGGACGAGGAUGAGGAGGAGCUGAGGAAGGCUCUGGCUCUCAGUAGACAACACAUGGAGGUGGAGGACGAGGAGGCCGACCUGCGCAGGGCCAUCCAGCUCAGCAUGCAGGGCGGCGUUGAUCCCAGAAGCCCCGGGGCGGGUGUGACGGCGGGCUCGUCUCAUGAAUCGGGAGGCGUUGAGAAGGAGACGCUCUCGGCUGAGGAGCUGCGCAGGAGGAGACAGGUGUACUUCGACAGGCAGCAGCAGAACACACACGCUCACGCCAGCAACACCGCCGCAGGCGAAGAAAAGGACAGCGGGACCAAACCCAACCAGUGACCCUCCAGCAGAGACGCUCUGACCACCACGAUCCACCCGACGGGGCCACACUGCGCUCGGGUCCUGCUGGGUCAAUCAAGGGACAUUCGUUUAGCUUCGCUUGGCCUCUGCGAGAUGAACAGGUCAAAGGGAAGCUUUCCCCCGGUACAUUCCUCUUCCUCAGACUGCCGUCUCCGAGAGCGAGGCGCCCGGCGCGGGGAACCUGUUAAAGUGGGACCAUUCGGGCUUUAUUGGGGCUCUAUCCUCUUUCCCUCUGUGAACUGUAGUGAAUUACUGUCACAGGCGAGGCGUGUGACACGUGUCCGUAUCUGUGAUUCAUCAGCGGCGGUCGACUCUCACGAGCACAGCGCGUGUGUGUGUGUGUGAGAUGUUGAAGAGUGAGACAGUGAUGAAGUGACGUUCAUCAUCGUUUUAGUCGUCCCUCAGCAGAUCUUUUGGCUCCACACUCGUUUCAUAUUCAGCAAUAGUUUUUAAGUGAUUGAUUAUUCUUGCACUUCUAUGUACACACUUUUUGUUUCUUAAAUAAAAUGAUUUGUUUUCCCCCUC